AGAAAGGUAGUGUCAGUGUUUUGCUGACAGGAGCUGACUGACUGGUGUCUGUUGUCUGCGCCGAUAUGUAGGGUUCAAGAGAAGAGACUGCCCUGGGACUGGAUCUGAACACUUUAAACAACAGGUCACUGACUGAAGGAGGUCGCUGAAUUAUCAUCUCUACAGGUACCACAAUCAUGGCACCAAUCAGCCCAGAUCUCUUUGGCUGGGCGAUCUCAGAGCAACCAGAGGCCGCAUUUCUCUCCAUAAUUGUCCUCGUCAUCAUUAGCAUUGCGCUCUUGGUUCUAUGUGCAAGCUGUAGAAAACAUUCGUUUGAGUUGGAGAGCAACAGUGCAGCCAGUGCACCAGAGCAGAAAACAUCGACACUUGUGAGCGUGGCAAGAAUGGGCGAUUCAUCAGGAGCCAGACACAACCCUGCUGCUAAUGAAAUCACGGGUGAUGAAAUCGGUUUUGAGCCUGAGGAUUUAACAAUAUCUCAAGAAGGAAUCGUGUACAAACCUUGGAGAAGUCACACUCUCUCUCAAGGUUCAAACCUACCAACUCAACUAAAUGGCGGUGUCGGGACAGUAACGCUUCAAGCUAACUGAGAAAUUAUAAUAAAAAUGGCGUUGGCGUAACACCACAGACCUUGGUGUAAACAAGCCUGUAGAAAGUUCCACCAUCUUUAUAAUGCGACCUGAAAUGCUCUUACUAAACAAAACCCUACACUAUUUGGAGAUGAAUGCUUUCUGUAUUCUUCUGGAGCCUGGCUGAAACCCUGCUUUGUGGUGUUGACUGCCAUAAAGUGCCCAUCAAACUUCAUAAGAAUAAUUGGACCCUUCCCUCAGCAUUGACCAUACUGACUCAAAGAUGAAUCCUUAUGCAACAGUUCAGACAGAGUUGACCAGAGGAGCCUGAUCUACUGGUCACACCUGUUCUGACAAAUAGGGGUCUCUUUUCAGAUGGUCACCAAUUAAAUGUGACGCAAGAAAGUCACAUGUCCAUCUGAAGAUGAGGUGGAAGUUUUGCCUCCAUCAUUAUUACCAAAGAGACAUGAAGAAAUGAAGAUUUUCAAUGUAUCUUUUUCUGAUGAAUUCCAGUAUUGUGAAACUAUUCUGUAUUCAUAUUCAUUCUUAAUGGGGGUGAUUAUAGAUUGUAUCUGUCAGAUCAAUUGAUCUGGAUAUGUUUGACUUGAUGGAUGCACACUGGUGAAUAUUUUUAGGUUUUGACCAAAUGUACGAAUUGCAGUGGGCAUGAUAAAAACUUGUAAAUGUAAUUAAAGUAACAAGUUUUUGAGAAUUAA